AUGGAAAGAGAAAGUGAAGCAGUUCCCUCCCACGAGGGAGAUCCUCCGAUGGACCAAGGAACGACAUCAGCUCCAACAGUUGGAGAGGGCCAGGACGGGCAGGGCGAGCAGGAAGGGUUGACAUCAGCCUCGGCAGUAGGAGCAGAAGUGGAGGGACUGCACGGCGAGGAGGGACGAGAGGAGGUUGGGCCUCAGGACGGACAGGAUGGGCAGCAGGGUCAGCACGAGGAGGAUAUUGGAGCCAGAGAGGAUAAGUGGGAGGAUCGGGGCAACGAUGUAGCUCCUUCGGCGGACCAAGAUCUGACAUCAGCGUCAGCAGUUGGAGCAGGGGAGGAGGGAGGGGAACAACAGGGGCAGGGGGAGCAGGGGGCAAGCGUCUCAGAGGGGCAAGAAGAGCCAACAUCAGCUUCAGAAGCACAGGCGGGCGAGGAAGGAGAGGGAGAAGAAGGCAAGGCUGGGGAGGAAGGGGAGGGAGAGCAGGGAAAGGAGGGAGUUGGAAUGCAGGAUGGAGCCAACGAAGAAGCCUUGGGAAUUACGAAUUCAAUCGGAGGCGAGGAGCUGAGUAAUGGUGCGAAGCAAGAGGGUGAGGGAGGAGAGAGGGAUCGAGCUGCGGAAGGAGACCAACGUACCUCGCCUCAUCGUCUAGAAACGAACAAUGAUGUCGGCAGCCAAGAACUGCAAGUAAGCAUGGAUGCUUCUCAAGAUAUUUCUCUUGCGGAGCGACAAGAGCAGGAGCAGGAGCAGGAGCAGGAGCAGGAGCAGGAGCAGGAGCAGGAGCAGGAGCAACAACAGGAGCAGGAGCAACAACAGGAGCAGGAGCAGGAGCAGGAGCAGGAGCAGGAGCAGGAGCAGGAGCAGGAGCAGGAGCAGGAGCAGGAGCAGGAGCAGGAGCAGCAACAGAAGCAACAACAGGAGCAGGAGCAGAUGCAGGAGCAACAACAGGAGCAGGAGCAACAACAGAAGCAACAACAGGAGCAGGAGCAGAUGCAGCAGCAAGAGCAAGAGCUGAGACGUGAACGUGAGAAGUUAGGCGACACCCUUACCUCAAGGUCUUCACCGCACAGUGGAACCAAGCUCCAUGGCCAGCUGAAGCCGAGCGUUGUUCCCUUCUCCGCACCGAUGGUCGGGUGGGCUCUGGAGGAGCAGGAGCCGGACCUCGCAGGGACUUCGACACCCAGGAAGAGGAUAAUGCAGCUCUAUCGCAGCCCAGACCAGUUCCAGCGCAAGGAUGGAGUAUUCAUGAUACCCAAGGACCCCAGGUUCAAGAAGCGACUGAUGGGCGUGUUAGAGUGCUACUACGGUCACCAGUUCUGCAUCAAGUUAGAACAGUCGACUACUGUGCAAGAGCAGGCGGAGGGGAGAGGGAGGGAUGGAGGUACAACAAGGACGGAGGAGGAAGAAGGGGAGAGGGCAGAUGCGGACAGGGCGGAGGAUGGAGAAAGCAAGUUCGAAGAGGAGAGAGAUCUUUCCGCGGCGCCUGGAGCAAGUACGGGGAUCGGGGGCAUGAAGCUGCGAAAGGAUCGCGUGGAGGACGGGAAAGGAGCCGAGCCGCUGACGAGGACGAGGAGGCUGUCGUUCCUCAAGGAACUAUUCUCCUCGCAAGCAGGGAUGAAGGGCAGGAGAGAGGAGGAGGAGGAGAGGAAGAAGCUGUCGUUCCACGAGGCCCUGCGGCACCUGCGCCAGCUGAUGCAGAAGCAGGAGAUCCUCCCCAGCGAGUUCCGCCUCGCCCGCUUCAAGCUCGCUUCCAUCGAGGCAGAGCUGCGAAGGAAGCCGGGGGAGCAGCAGGGAGACGGUGGGGGGAGGAGGAAGGAGACGAUCCUGCCGGAGCUGCCCAAGUGCAAGGGGAUGACCCCAAGGAGGCUGGCGAACCCGAUCAUCGCGGACGCGCAGAGGAGGAUGCGGGAGAUUUUCAGCAACGCGGUGGAGUCUUUCCUGUUCUUCAACAUGAGGGGAGCAAACGCCGUCUCCCCCAACGACCUCAAGAGAGGAUGGGAGAGGCUGAGGGACUACGAGGUCGACUACCGAGCUCUCUUCGUCGCGGUGAAGGCUGAGGACAACGAGCAGAGCGAGACGAUCGGGUUCCUACACUUCCUGAGGUGA